GUGACUUCAUUCGAGGAGGUGUAGCUCGGAGCAUGAAGCCUUUUUUCAUGUAACGAAUGUAAUGAACCGUCAUUCCAUUCGUCACAUGUCUCUGCGGCAACGAUUUGCGUGGACCGGUAAGUCGAUCAUCGCCACGAAGACGAAUAAAUGAAUGAAUGAAUGAUCGAUCCAUUCGCUACAAUCGUGCCCCUCCUUUCUGCCCACGGGCCCCUACACACUCACAGGAGAGAGAUGGAUAUCAGAUGCGUCUCUGCACUAUUCACCUACGGGAACAGCCUACAAUCCCGCUCAGCUACCAACACGCCCACAGAAGAAGAGCCACCCCCGGCACCACACGCACUUUCCAGCAGCUGACGAAUCGCCCGAAUUACCUCCCCCUCUACAUUCCUCCCAUGAAGGUCGCUGGCGAGAGAGGCGCACCUGACUGGCCGAUGGGUGUCGGUGAAGGCAACCCUCUUGCCCCUGGCCCCCAACGCCCGCGAGAUGUCCUCCUGUGUGGUCUCGAGCACCUUGUCACCAUCCUUGCCGCAUAUCUCCUCGCUGAGCUCCUCAGUUGCGUUCACCCAUGGGGGAGUGCUCAGCAAGGCCGGCACACAGCGACGGAUCGACAUCCACAUGCCGUCCUGCAGGGAUGCAGGAAUCAAGGAGACACAUCCAAAGAAAUGAAAGGAAUCGUCUGGGGUGGGUGGGUGUCUCACCUUGAUGGACCGGUGGUAUCGUCUGUCGUCCCGGCCAUGCCCUCCCGCAAAGACGGGAUGGGUGUAUGAGCAGUAUUUCGCCCAGGAAUGUCCUGAGGCGAUUGGAAACCGGCCGGUGGCUUUCUUGCUGCUUCUGCUGCUGUAGCGGGUCUGGUGCUUCCGCAGCUCGGCCAACAGGUGCCGUUCGAGGUCCUUGUACUUGUGCUGGUUGGCGUGCUGAAACAAGACAUGGAGGGAAAUGCAUAUACGAUGUCUCCUGCCAGGUUGGCCGUUCUGACAUACCAGGAAUAGCAGAUGGCCCGAGGGGUCGUGCUGACCGAUCACUGAGGCACAUAGACAUGGACAGACACAACCGGCUGACUGUAUUCAACACCUCUCGACGCAUCUCUCUACCUGUCCCAUCAGUAACUCCGACGUUGUGUUUUCCCGAUCCUAUAACGGCGGCAGCUUGUUGGACCACAGUGUAGGAGGCGCCAGUCAAAUACCACCCCACAAGAAAUGUGUCCUUGUCUCCCGCGCCCAGAGGCUCUCGCCCAUAGAUAAGCGGAAAGUACGUGUCGGAAUGCCAGUUGAGGAAAGUCGUCAGCAAAAGAGCUCGCCAUGUCUCCGACCUGCCCUUGUCGAUGACCAGCUGACCUGUCUCUAGUCCAAUACUGAUGUUGACGUACGGGUAGUCGGGGGGCACGAGGUUCUGGUCGUCUGGGGGGCCUGGAGGGGGCGGAAGGUCUGUGUAGUCCCAGAUAGACGGCACACCCUCAUCACGCACCAAUGACCUGCACAAAGACAGGUCAAUCAUUGAUGGGGUCCUUUCGCUUUGUUUCCAUGCUUUGCUUUUCACCAGUAGUCUGGCCAGAAGAUGGCAGAUGAGUUUGAUCUCUUGAGGUGGUCAAAGAGGAAGGAAGGGUCUCGCAACACCACGUUGUCCACAUCGAGGAAGAGCACCUCAGCAAAAGAUGUCGCCAGCAAAGUAAGGGGCUUCACUGCAGUGCAGGCAGCGAUGCACAAACAUACGGAUGCCACGUAGAUGAUCAUGUCUCCCUCCGUCGCUGCUCACGCAGAAAGUGCCGAAACGCCCCAUGCGCAUACGAUUCCUCUCCAUCAACACUCGUGUCUUCUCCCGGCCCAUCCGCCUUGAUCACCUCAUGCGGCACUCGCGGCAAAGGCAGCAGAGCCACGCCACCCAGCUCGCGAAACUGCCGCACAAUCCACUCAUUCCCGACCACCCUCAAGUAGUCAGAAUGCGGGAAGAACACCUCCACAGGCAACGGACACGAUUGGCGCAGCACACGGAGGCUGACCAGUGUUGGCAUCAGGAACUUGGCGCGAAAACCUGAGACAAGAGCAAUGCCUCGGCCCCGAAAAAGGCCAGGUGGGAGAGGUGGAAGAACGUCGAGGAAGGUCUGCCACGCCGCGGGUGUUUCCAGGUGGAAGGAUUGGAACAUCUUGUAGAGCUGCAGCUGGAGGCGAUGCCGUCUCACAGCCCUCCGCCAGUCGAGCAGCAACGUCACGGGGUCCGCAUGGAAGAAAAGCACCAUCAACACCAGCACACACACGACCGCCAGCAUCAGGAAAACUCGCCCCCCGAGCCUGCCGCUGCCCUCUCUCCCGCUAUAGCUGCCAGCACUGGACGGCAGAAGAAACGACAGCUGCCGCAGCCCACUGCUGAAGCUCUUCUUGAGGCCGCUGCGGUCAUCCUCUGAGCCCCUUCUGGUGGUUGCCGUGGUUCUGCGCCUCUGCAGAGAGGUGGUGAGUCCGCCGAAAGCACCGGCCAUUGCAAUGCCGAGCGAUGAGCGGCGAGAUGAAGACGGUCGGGGGAAUAUGGGGGUGAUGAGGUCGUCCUGGAGUUCGUCGGUGGGUGAGCUUCUCCGCCUGGGCACACCCUCGCUGACGAGGGGCCUCGCUACGCAGCCAUCGGAGUCACUGAUGGAUGAAGAGGUCCUGAUCAUACACUCACUGUUGCGGUACCAAGCCUCUGCCAAGAAGCCGGCUGCUGGUCCUGCUGGUUGUGGCACAUCAUGGGCAAAG